AUGAAGCGGUUCCUACCUCAACCAUCGACCCCACCUUCCCAACCGUAUCACAAAUUCUCAUCUGCACUUUCCCAUCUCAUGGUGGGGCCAAAAGAAGAAGAAAAAAAAAACAGCAGCGACGGCCCCACCAAACCCUGA